GUACGAUUUCUUUAGCUUCCAACUCGAAAUCCUACGCACAUCUAGCCCUAGCUCUCUCAAUACUCAAUACUCAAUACUCAAUAGUCACCGUCCCUAGACAAUAGACAUGCUCAAAAAUUAAUACUCCACACCAAUUCGCGCUCUGACAUGGAUUCAUCACUUUGACAUAACUAAAACUAAAUUUAACCUUUUUUCACUUCUCUCUCUACAAAAUCAAAAAUCAAAACAACACUUCUCUCUCUAGGGUUUCCAAAAAAACAAGUGCCCACAAACGUCGAACACCUUGCGUGCGUAAUAAUUGCUACCUCGUUUCCAGCUGAAUUACUCUUUUUAACUGUCAAUUCGUUUUGAUCGUGCACGUCUCCAGAAUCUACACAUUCAACUCUUUAGCUGGUUUUUCCGAUUUUGAUAGGUUAUAUGUGCUGUUGGACCUGUCAAUUCAUAGGAAAAAAACUGAAGAUCACUUGAGAUUUUCAUGUUGGUAAAUGUUGAAUGGUUGUUACCAUGGACUUGAAUGUUUCACCAUUACCCGAAGACGAUGAAGAUAAUUAUGAAGAUCAUGCAGAAAAAUACGCCCCUCCUGAAGAACGUGUCAUUUCUGGUGCUGAAACUGCUCGGCGGGAGCGUGAAGAAAGACGCAAGCGUUUGAGAAAUGAUCGUUCAGAUGACAGAUCCGUGCAUGUCCCUCGGCAACCAGCACAUGACCAGUGCAUUCCAUCCAAACAUCAGAAAGUUUAUGAUAAAAGUAGGCUUCCUCAUGGCUGGUUGGAUUGCCCUCCAUUUGGUCAGGAAAUCUGCGGCUUUAUAAUUCCUUCCAAAGUUCCACUCGGUGAAUCCUACAAUGACUGUAUCCCACCUGGAAAAAGAUAUUCAUUUAAACAAGUUAUUCAUCAACAGAGAGUACUAGGAAAAACACUUGGUUUGGUGAUUGAUUUGACGAAUACUACCCGUUACUAUACAACAACAGAUUUGAAAAAAGACAGUAUUAAGCAUGUUAAGAUUCAAUGCAGAGGCCGAGAUUCUGUACCUGACAAUGCAUCUGUAAAUAGCUUUGUUUAUGAGGUCUCUCAGUUUCUCGUUCGUCUAAAAUCUAACAAGUGUAUUCUAGUUCAUUGUACGCAUGGUCAUAAUCGUACAGGAUAUAUGAUUGUUCAUUACCUUAUGCGAACAAUGCCAAUAUCUGUUACACAGGCAAUUACAUUAUUUGCCGAUGCACGCCCGCCAGGAAUCUAUAAGCCAGACUAUAUCAAGUCCUUGUACGAAUUUUAUCAUGAAAUUAAGCCAGAAAUGGUUGUAUGCCCACCAACUCCAGAGUGGAAGAGAUCUUCUGAUUUGGAUCUUAAUGGUGAAGCAGUGCUAGAUGACGACGACGAUGGAGGUUCAGCUGCUCCUUUGCAUGAUAAUCAAGAAACAGAUAAAAUAAUGACAAAUGAUGAUGUCAUCGGUGAUGAAGUACCGAAUGAUCAGCUUGAUACUCUACGAAUGUGCUGCUACCAGUUGCUUAAGCAGAACUUUCCUGUGAGAGCAAACCCGCAGUUCCCAGGGUCUCAUCCAGUAUCUCUCAGCAGGGACAAUCUACAGCUAUUAAGGCAGCGUUAUUAUUAUGCAACAUGGAAAGCUGAUGGAACACGAUAUUUGAUGCUAAUUAUGAUGGAUGGAUGUUACUUGAUAGAUAGGAAUUUCAAUUUUCGAAGGGUCCAAAUGAGGUUCCCUUGCAGAAACGCAAGCGAAGGUGUAGCUGAUAAGACACACGUGACACACCACUGUACCUUACUUGAUGGGGAAAUGAUUAUUGACACUGUGCCAGACUCGCAUAAGCAGGAGAGAAGAUACCUCAUUUAUGAUUUAAUGGCAAUUAACCAUGUAUCUAUUUCAGAGAGGCCUUUUCACGAACGAUGGAAAAUGCUUGAAAAAGAAGUGAUUGAUCCUCGGAACUUUGAAAGGCACCAUAUUUACCAGAGUAGGAAUCCUUAUUACAGAUAUGACUUGGAACCAUUCAGGGUUAGAAGGAAAGAUUUCUGGCUGCUUUCUACUGUUACCAAGCUUUUGAAGGAAUUCAUUCCAAAGCUUUCACAUGAUGCUGAUGGUCUUAUUUUUCAGGGAUGGGAUGAUCCCUAUGUUCCACGCACCCACGAAGGGCUUCUGAAGUGGAAAUAUCCUGAAAUGAACUCAGUUGACUUUCUAUUUGAGGUGGAUGCCAAUGAUCGCCAGUUAAUGUAUCUGUAUGAGAGAGGGAGGAAGAAGCUGAUGGAUGGGAACAGGGUUGUAUUUAGAGAUGGUUCAGAUCCAUCUUCAUACUCUGGGAAAAUCGUUGAAUGUUCUUGGGAUUCAGAGGAACAAGUGUGGGUUAGUAUGCGGAUCCGGACAGAUAAAUCUACGCCAAACGAAUUUAACACCUAUAGGAAGGUGAUGCGAAGUAUCAAGGACAACAUAACUGAGGAGAUUUUAUUGAACGAGAUUCACGAGAUCAUACGGUUGCCCAUGUAUGCUGAUAGGAUAAGAAAUGAGAGUAAAGCUCACCACCCUGCACGACGUAGGUGAUGCGUAGCUAGCCACCAAGGUUAUUUUGUGCAUCUUUUUGGUCAAAGUUACGAGAUGCAGUGAUGGCUCAAGCAUGCUGAGGUUGGAUUGUUAUAUCAACGUGAGGGACGCCCCUGCGAGAUGUUAUGUAAUUAGCUAGAGCUUUAUUAUAAUCUCAUAGUCAUAGUGUGUGCUAAGCUGGUGAGUUGUAUGAUCCGGUUGGUACACUCUACUAGUCCCAACAUUAUUGUCUAAAUGGAUAGUUGUUCAGGUCAGGGAAAUAGGAAGUAGGAUCAUCAUGUAUAUUUUUAUGUAGUAAUUUAUACUUUUUCUUUAGAAGUUAGCCAUUUUUUCAGAACCAGAGCCAAACUUUUUAUGCUCGUCUACUUGCUUUCAAUGUGAAUAUCAUUUUUU